CAUUUACUGUCUUUGGUGCACCGAAUUUUUGGUCGUGCUAAUCUUAGCUCAUCCAACACCAUAGUCACAAAAUAGGAUUUUAUAAAACAUCUAAAACACAUCCAAUAUGCCACCUAAAUUCGAUCCGAGUGCCGUUCAUAUCGUUUACAUCAGAGCUGUUGGUGGUGAGGUGCCUGGUACCUCUUCGCUGGCUCCCAAAAUAGGUCCUUUGGGUUUGUCUCCCAAGAAAGUUGGUGAUGAUAUUGCCAAAGGUACAGCAGACUGUAAAGGACUGAAAAUCACUGUAAAAUUAACAAUCCAGAAUCGUCAAGCUGCAGUAUCUAUUGUACCUAGUGCUGCAUCACUUAUAAUCAAAGCUCUCAAAGAGCCACCUAGGGACCGUAAGAAAGUAAAACAUGUUAAACACAAUGGAAACCUGUCAUUUGAUGAUAUUUUGGGCGUUGCUAGAGUAAUGAGAGAGCGAAGCAUGUCUAAAACUCUUGCUGGGACAUGUAAAGAGAUUUUGGGAACUGCUCAAUCAGUUGGUUGUACAGUUGACGGCAACCAUCCACAUGACGUCAUUGAAAUGGUAAACAAUGGAGAAUAUGAAGUGCCAGCUGAAUAAACAAAAUAAAUAUUCUCAAACAUA